UCUAUAUAUAUGUUGACAGGAGAUGCUACUCUUGUCCUAAAUAAAUCUGUAAGCACUUUCAUCAAAACAAGAAUGGUGUGCAGAGCAGAAGAAGCUUUGAAGCAGAGAGAGAACCUAAAGAGGUGUAAACAAGAUCAUGAUCGCCAAAAGAAGAAGGUGCAAUCAAUCACAGAUUGCAAGAAAGAGAAAAGUUGUAGAUUCAAGCGAAGCACUUCUAAUCUCGACCAGGACGGCGCUUCCUCAGCCAUAUUUUUCCUUGCUUGCAUUGCCUGCUCAUCCUUCUCCAAUAAUCUCUAAUUAUUCCCGCUGUAAGAGCAUCCACAGUUAAUUACUUUUCAUACAACGUUUAAUUAAAUCGUAGUCUUCUAUUUGUUAAUUCUGUUGUUACCUUAUCUUGUGUUAUAAUUUUCUUAUUUUUUAUUUUCAUGUUUUAAUCUAUGUUCGUGUUAUAGUAAUAUACAACAGUUAUGGAAACAGUUUUGAGGAUGCAAAUUUAAGAUGCGUCGCUUGUGUUCGUAUAAUUGUAAGGAUAUAAAAAAUUUGUAUUUGUAUAUCGAACUUCUGUUAAGUAUGUUAACAUAUGGUUAAAGUUUCUGUAUCCUAAGAUAUAUUAAUU